GGGGCCCUGUGAUCCAUCCAAUAGCUGACUGUGAGCAUCCACUUAUGUGUUUGCUAGAUUUUUUAAAGACUGGAUUGAUCAGUGGCAUGUCAAUAGGAGAGAGAUCCACUGGGAGAGGGGGAUAAAGAGAAGCCUGCGGGGCUUCAGGCAUGUCUGUAAUUAUUGAAGUUUUCUUGGUGGGGAGGGAGCUCACUGAAGCCGCCUGAGACAAGGGGCUGAGACAGUAUUCCACAACCAACAAAAGUUGCUGCUUCUCAGGAUCAAUAACGUUGCUUUCUACUCAAUCACAAAUGAGUCCCCAAUAAGUGAAAACAUUUGCAGGGACAGCAUCAGGGCCCUGCCUGACCAAUAUUUCAUUUAAUUUCUGACCUACCCUUCACUAUUUUUUACGGUGUAUCUCUGCCCUGUCAAUUAUAAACCAGGGGCAAGCUUGAUCUAUAAAAAUAAAAAAGUUUAUCAAAUCUUUUUUCUUAACUCAAACUCCCCUUUCCCUGGGUGAAGCUUUCAGGUCUCUGAUGAAGACCACUUCCUUCGACAGCUUAGUUCCCAUUUCUUAGCAGAGAGGAAUCAACUUACCAAGAACAACUUCUCCUAUGAGCAUUGGGAGCUUGCUCAAAUGGCUUAUUCUUCUAGUCGCGAUGAAAUUCUCUUGGAGCUAGCCUCCACGGUCUCCACCGGGUAAAGGUCCAUGCCUCGAGCACCACAUCUGGGCGCCACUUUGUCCUCUCCAGCAGGAAUUAGUUAUUCCUUGGGUAGAGGAGGACUGAGGCCUGUUAGAGAACCAGGCAGAGAAAAGGGAGCAAGACCAAGCAAAGAGUUGUCAAGGUCUGUUUAAUGGAGGCUAGGAGCCUGGUUAUAAGCACACAAUGAGAGAAAAUAGGGAGGGGUUGAGGCAUACAAUAAAAGUACAGAGAAAGGGAUGGACAUCUGGGGUGAAUGCUGAUUGCAGCCUUCAAACAUCUUGCAGCUUAUCUUGGAGUGUCGUCCCUAUCUAAACAGUCCCAGGCACCAAAAGGAGACAUGAAGGAGGAGGAGAUGCUGGCUUUAUCUAAACAGUUCCAGGCACCAACUGGAGACGUGAAGGAAGUGGUGACAUAACUCCCAUCAAAGGAUCAGCCGGAUCUUCAGGAUGAAGCAGGUGUGGGUCUCAUGUGAAGAGCCUGGAGCACUGUAAAGGUUGCUGCCUGCAGCUGAACUACAGUAAACAAAUCCACUGGACACAGGAGUUUCUGUAACCUUUUAAAUCAUCAACAUGGGUCAGCUCCUCUCUGACACAUCUAAGACUGAAGACAAUGAAGAUUUGGUAUCCAGCUUCAAUGAAUAUUUUAAAAACAUUAAGACAGAAAAAAUCAUUUCUCAGGAAACCAUCGAUUUAAUAAAAUUAUACCUGAACAAAGGAAACAUUCAUGGGGCAAACUCUUUAAUCAGUGAUGCAUUAAGAAAUAUUGAUAAUGCUCCAAUAAAUAUUGCUGUGACAGGAGAGUCUGGAGCUGGAAAAUCCAGCCUCAUCAAUGCCCUGAUAGGGAUUGGACCUGAAGAGGAAGGGGCAGCUGAAGUUGGAGUAAUAGAGACAACUAUGAAGAGAACUUCUUACAAACAUCCCAAAAUUGAAACAUUGACCUUAUGGGACUUGCCUGGUAUUGGAACUCAGAAAUUCCCACCAAAAACUUAUCUGGAGGAAGUAAAAUUCAAAGAAUAUGAUUUCUUCAUUAUUGUUUCUGCCACACGUUUUACAAAACUUGAACUAGACCUCGCCAAAGCAAUCACAAAUAUGAAAAAGAAUUACUACUUUGUGAGAACCAAGGUGGACAUUGAUGUAGAAAAUGAAAGGAAAUCCAAACCACGUACUUUUGAAAGAGAAAAAGCCCUGAAGCAGAUCCAAAGCUAUUCUGUGAAAAUCUUUAAUGAUAAUAACAUGGCCGUACCACCAAUUUUCUUGAUCUCUAACUAUGAUUUAUCUGACUAUGAUUUUCCAUUCCUGGUGGAUACCCUGAUUAAGGAACUCCAUGUUCAAAAGCGCCACAAUUUUAUGCUUUCCCUGCCUAACUUUACAGACCAAGCCAUUGACAGAAAGUACAAGGCUACACAGCAGUUUAUCUGGCUAGAAGCCUUCAAGAUUGGAGUAGUGGCAAUUUUUCCUGUACUGGGCAACCUCAGGAAUAAAGAUAUGAAGAAGAUAAAGAACACUUUAAACUACUAUCAAAAAAUCUUUGGAGUGGAUGAUGAAUCCCUGGAGUUGGUGGCUAAGGAUUUCCAAGUGCCUGUUGAACAGGUAAAGAAAACAAUGAAGACUCCUCAUUUGUUGAAGAAGUAUAGAGAGGAAACAUUUAGGAAUGAUUUCAAGAAAUUGGUAUCAACUUUUGGUAGGCUCCUUGCUGUAGGUCUUUACUUCCCUGCAAUCUAUUAUUUACAACUUCAUAUCCUUGACACAGUGACUGAAGAUGCCAAAGUUCUCCUUCGAUGGAAAUAUUCAAAACCUAGAUCAAACUCAACUUAUCCAUAGCUUCUGACCCUGACAAUAUCAAGUGGUCUAUACCACGAAUUCACUAGGAAAAUUACUCCUCUGAUAUCUUUUCUUUACAGCCAAUCCACUACCACCAUAGGAAAACCUGGGGGAUAAAGAUCAUGUAUCUUAAUAUGUCAGAACUUGACAAUCCCCAAUCCUUCUUCAGUUCUUAAAUUUCCCCUAUAUCCUUUUCUCUUUCAACUAUAUAUACAUACUUAAAUACAUAUAUACAUACAUACAUAUAUACACACACAAAAACAUACCAGUAAACAUGCAAAUGCAUAUGCACAAAAAAUACAAUAGGUGUUUUGUAGCCAUUUUCUCCUAAUCAAAACAUCCUAAAAAAAAAAACCCAGGAAGCUGGGAUCUCUAUGCUCAGUACAUAAAACACUUGGCAUGUUUGAUGGUUUGAAUAUGCAUGGCCCCAUAGGUUCAUUUAGGUAUUGCCUUGUUAGAAUAGGUGUUGUCUGUUGGGGGAAGUAGAUGUAUUUGAGGUCUCAUAGAUGUUUAACUUAUACCCAGUUUUGUACACAGUCUCCUUCUGCUGCCUGCAAAUCAAGAUGUAGUCCUCUCAGCUCAUGCUUCCCACAUGAUGAAAGUGGUAUAAACAUCUGAACUGUGAGCCAGUCCCAUUUAAAUAUUUUCCUUUAUAAGAGUUGCCUUGGUCAUGGAGUCUCUUCACAGAAACUGAAACCCAAAGAUGGAAAUUGUUACCAGGGACAUGGGUAUGACUGUGAUAGACCUGACAAUGUUAUCAUUUGGAGAAAUUUGGACUUUGGGACUUUGUGUUAAGAAAGCAGUAGAAGGCUCUAAGAGCUAUUUAAUGGGCCAUACUAGUAAGAGCAUUGAAGACAGUCUUGCUGGGGAUGAUUUAAUAUUUGAGUCGUAGAUUGAGCUUUCAGAGAAGAAGCAUUUUAGUAUGUUCCCUAGACAACAUACUUAUGUUAUUUUGGUGAAGAAUGUGGCUGCUUUUUGCCCUUGUCCAAAGACUCAGUCUAAGCCUAAAGAGAAAACAUUUAGAUUAAUUGCAUUAGCAAAGAAAAUCUCAAAACAGCCUAAUCUAGACACUGUCCUGUGGUUAAUUCAUGUUGAAGACGAUUUUGAUGAAACCAUGCAAACUUAGAAAGGGGGGGAAGCUUCUGGCCCACUGCAGCACUGGGAUCCCUGGCCCAGGGAUUCUCCAGACACCCACAAGGACCCACACAGGAUCUGCCAUGAGAUCCUAAGAACUCUGCUGAGUGGAACACAGCGCCUGUUCCAAUCCAAUUGUUCGGGACCUGAGACUGCAUUAAUUAAGGAAGCAGAUAACCUGGCCUGAUCCGGGGCUCAAGUCCCUUCCGGCCCACUGCAGCACCAGUGUCCCUGGCCGUGGGAGUCUCCGGACACCGGCAAGCACCCACACAGGACCCUCCAUGGGAUCUUAAAACCUAUGGUGAGUGGAACACAACUUCUGCCAGGAGGCAGGUUCAAACACCAGAUAUCUGGGCACCUUCCCUGCAAGAAGAGAGCUGCCUGCAGAGAGUACUCUGACCACUGAAACUAAGGAUAGAGCUAGUCUCCCAGGUCUGCUGAUAGAGUCUAACAAAAUCACCUGAGGAACAAGCUCUAACCGGAGACAACUAUAACAACUAGGUCCAGAGAAUACCAGAUGGCGAAAGGCAAACAUAAGAAUCCUACUAACAGAAAUCAAGACCACUCACCAUCAUCAGAACGCAGCACUCCCACCCCACCUAGUCCUGGGCACCCCAACACAACCGAAAAUCUAGACACAGAUUUAAAAGCAUAUCUCAUGAUGAUGGUAGAGGACAAUAAGAAGGACUUUAAUAACUCACUUAAAGAAAUACAGGAAAACACUGCUAAAGAGUUACAAGUCCUUAAAGAAAAUCAGGAAAACACAAACAAACAGGUAGAAGUCCUUAAAGAAAAACAGGAAAACACAUCCAAAAAGGUGAUGGAAAUGAACAAAACCAUACUAGACCUAAAAAGGGAAGUAGACACAAUAAAAAAAAACCCAAAGUGAGGCAACGCUGGAGAUAGAAACCCUAGGAAAGAAAUCUGGAACCAUAGAUGCCAGCAUCAGCAACAGAAUACAAGAGAUGGAAGAGAGAAUCUCAGGUGCAGAAUAUUCCAUAGAGAACAUCGGCACAAAAUCAAAGAUAAUACAAAACACAAAAAGAUCCUAACUCAAAACAUCCAGGAAAUUCAGGACACAAUGAGAAGACCAAACCUACGGAUAAUAGGAGUUGAUGAGAAUGAAGAUUUUCAACUUAAAGGGCCGGCAUAUAUCUUCAACAAAAUUAUAGAAGAAAACUUCCCAAACCUAAAGAAAGAGGUGCCCAUGAACAUACAAGAGGCCUACAGAACUCCAAAUAGACUGGACCAGAAAAGAAAUUCCUCCCGACACAUAAUAAUCAGAACAACAAAUGCAAUAAAUAAAGAUAGAAUAUUAAAAGCAGUAAGGGAGAAAGGUCAAGUAAUAUAUAAAGGCAGACCUAUCAGAAUUACACCAGACUUUUUACCAGAGACUAUGAAAGCCAGAAGAGCCUGGACAGAUAUUAUACAGUCACUAAGAGAACACAAAUGCCAGCCCAGGCUACUAUACCCGGCUAAACUCUCAAUUACCACAGAUGGAGAAACCAAAGUAUUCCACCACAAAACCAAAUUCACACAUUAUCUUUCCAUGAAUCCAGCCCUUCAAAGGAUAAUAACAGAAAAAAAAACAAUACAAGGACUGAAAUCGUGCUCCAGAAAAAGCAAGAAAGUAAUCCCUCAACAAAGCAAAAAGAAGAGAGCAACAAGAACAGAAUGACAACUCUAACAACAAAAAUAAAAGGAAGCAACAAUUACUUUUCCUUAAUAUCUCUUAAUAUCAAUGGACUCAAUUCCCCAAUAAAAAGACAUAGACUAACAGACUGGCUACACAAACAGGACCCAACAUUCUGCUGCUUACAGGAAACCCAUCUCAGGGAAAAAGACAGACACUACCUCAGAGUGAAAGGCUGGAAAACAAUUUUCCAAGCAAAUGGUCUGAAGAAACAAGCUGGAGUAGCCAUUCUAAUAUCGAAUAAAAUCGACUUCCAACCCAAAGGUAUCAAAAGAGAUAAGGAGGGACACUUCAUACUCAUCAAAGGUAAAAUCCUCCAAGAGGAACUCUCAAUUAUGGAUAUCUAUGCUCCAAAUGCAAGGGCAGCCACAUUCAUUAAAGACACUUUAGUAAAGCUCAAAGCACACAUUUCACCUCACACAAUAAUAGUGGGAGACUUCAACACACUACUUUCAUCAAUGGACAGAUCGUGGAAACAGACAAUGAACAGGGACACAGUGAAACUAACAGAAGUUAUGAAACAAAUGGGUCUGACAGAUAUCUACAGAACAUUUUACCCUAACACAAAAUGAUAUACCUUCUUCUCAGCACCUCACUGGACCUUCUCCAAAAUUGACCAUAUAAUUGGUCGCAAAAUAGGCCUCAAAAGAUACAAAAAUAUUGAAAUUGUCCCAUGCAUCCUAUCAGACCACCAUGGCCUAAGGCCGAUCUUCAAUAACUACAUAAAUAAUGGAAAGCCAACAAUCACGUGGAAACUGAACAACACUCUUCUCAAUGAUACCUUGGUCAAGGAAGGCAUAAACAAAGAAAGACUUUUUAGAGUUUAAUGAAAAUGAAGCCACAACAUACGCAAACCUAUGGGACACAAUGAAAGCAUUUCUAAGAGGGAAACUCAUAGCUCUGAGUGCCUCCAAGAAGAAACUGGAGAGAGCACACACUAGCUGCUUGACAACACAUCUAAAAGCUCUAGAAAAAAAGGAAGAAAAUUCACCAAAGAGGAGUAGACAGCAGGAAAUAAUCAAACUCAGGGGCGAAAUCAACCAAGUAGAAACAAGAAGAACUAUUCAAAGAAUUAACCAAACGAAGAGUUAGUUCAUUGAGAAAAUCAACAAGAUAGAUAAACCCUUAGCUAGACUCACUAGAGGGCACAGGGACAACAUCCUAAU